AUGGCGAUUGGGAUUUUCCAAGAAUGUUUUGAAAAAGCUUUAGGAACGUUCGAACAUGCGGAAAAUUGCUCAAGAAUGUUGGGUUCAAUUUGCGACACACAAUUUUCAUGGACAACCAAACUCUGGAUAGUUAAUAAGAAGAAAAAUUGUCUUUCAAGCUCUUUCAACGGGUUUGGCUUUCCUAAAGCUACAACAACAAAACGGAGCUCAAUAUUGUCCAUCAACUCGACACAAGCCCUGCUUCUACCAGAGACUUCAAUAUCUACUUCAUGUUUUACUUUCUCGGAUGUCAUUAAUCACAAAUGGACAGCAGCAGAAAAUACAUUUAGUUGA